AAUACUUUGACCCUCCCCUUGACCCGCGUCUCGCCCUCCGCGUGGACAAGACAGAGGACAGAGAAGCCGGCCCAUGGCGACGGCGGAGGCGGGCAGCGCCAGCGGCGCGGGCGCCGCCUACGAGGAGGAGCGCCGGAAGCGGAUCCUCGACAACCUCAAGCACCUCGAGGAUUUGGGCAUAUCGAAGAUGGCCAAGAGCCUGAUCCAGGCCACGAGGCAGCAGGACAAGACCCCUCGGGCGAGCCCAAAGUCCAGGAAGAAGUUCGAGGCCACCACUGAAGUCAGGCGCUCCUCCAGGGCCAGGACCACUGUUUCCUACAAGGAUGAUUUUCCGGAACUUGAUGAUUUUGUGCGCCGCAGAAGGAUAAGUAAAAGUGUGGACAAUGGUAGGGGAUACACUGGGAGAAUUUCUUCUUAUCAACAACAACAGCGUGCUUUUAAAAGAGCUGAGAAACUUCAAGAUAGUCUAGACCCUGACAACCCGUCGUUUGUCAAGACCAUGGUUCGAUCACAUGUAUCCAGCUGCUUUUGGCUUGGUCUCCCUUCUAGUUUCUGCAAAGAUCAUCUGCCUCCCAGAGAACAUAAGAUGGUGUUGGAGGAUGAAGAGGGUGUUGAAUUUGAUGCCGUAUACAUCGGAAAUCGAACAGGUCUGAGUGGUGGAUGGAGAGGCUUCUCAAUGCACCAUGACUUGGAAGAUGGGGAUUCAUUGGUCUUUGAAUUGGCUGAACCUGACAGAUUUAAGAUUUACAUUUUUAAAGCUAUCGAAGAUGGAAAAGAGGCCGAGCCUAAUGAUAAGAAUACUGAUGUGGACAGUGAUUCAGCCCAGGAAGUUCCUGACCAGACGGAUUCACCUGUUUCUGAACCCCCUUCCAGCCCUGAACCUCUAAAAGGAGCUAAAAGAAGAAAGCUCCCUUCCAGCCCUGAACCUCUAAAAGGAGCUAAAAGAAGAAAGCUCCGUGGGCGACGGUAGUUCUCUUAUUGGUUCGUCAGUCCUGAAAUAUAGGUACUUAGGGCAAGUAUGUUGCCGUAUUACCGAUGCGCUCUCCUGCCAGGUCAUCUGUUUUGCAUCUUUUGUUGGCCUGUUUUAAAACAUGGGUGCUCAGUAAUCACCCUUCCACUGCGGCAAACCGAUACUUUUAGCCAUUAUCAGCAUAUUGUCGGCCUAGAUUACAUGUAAAGAGAUGUUCUGGUACCAGUAAUCUAGCUUUCGUAACCCCUAUAUAUUAUGCUAAUAUGGUGUGUCUCAA